AUGACGGAACCUAUCCUGACAACCCUCUGCUCGAUAUGCCACGUCUCACCCCCUCGAUAUCGAUGCCCCCGCUGCAGCGCGCGCACCUGCUCGCUCGCGUGCGUGCGCAAGCACAAGACGUGGUCCGAGUGCAGCGGCGAGCGCGACGCGACCGUUUACCGGCCCCGUCGCGACCUCAAGACGGCCUCUGGCAUCGACCACGACUACAACUUCCUGCACGGGAUGGAGCUCGACGUCGGCCGAACGCAGCGUGAGAUGGUCGAGGAGAGGAAGCUGGUGCCCGCGUCCGACUUCGACCACCUCCCCCCGCCCACGAUCAAGGAGGUGAGGUGGAGGCGGGCCCCGGACGGGACGCAGCGUCGCGUCAUCGUGACCCGGGAGCUGAGGCGGGCCGCUGACGGGGCCGGCGGCGGCGGCAGGGCCAUCGUCAAGGUCCUGUCCCGGCAGCUCAGGAGGCUGAAUAUCAGGAUGGAGUGCCUGCCCAUGGGGAUGCAGAGGCGCAGGGAGAACAGGACGACGCUGCAUCGCUCGACCAACAGGGUGAACUGGCAAGUUGAGUGGAUCGCACUCUCGAGCGGGAACGAGGACGGAAGCGGUGACGGCAGGAUGCUGGGCAAGAGCUUGGACGAUGUGCCCAUCUACCAGGCUCAUCACCGGUGCUUGGACGAUCGGAAGCAGCAGCAGAACAGUUCCACGCCGACUACGCGAAGCAGGGUGCGCACCAGGCAGCAGGGCCACGACGGCCUGUGGAAUGCCGAACUGGCGGGUGCCAUGCAGGAGCCCUCGACGGGACGGUGGGUGGACGCGCCCCUGGCGGAGGACAUGUGGCCUGCGGACCGGGACGCCAAGCACAAGGCCGAAUUCGACUACUUCCUCGCCAGCCCGUGGCAGAGGUCCGACAUGCCCCGGCGCGUCACGCGGCUGACCGUGAACGAGACGCUGGCCGACAUCCUCGCCGACACCGUCGUCGUCGAGUUCCCGACCAUCUACGUGCUUCCCAGGGGGGAGACGCUUCCUGGGGGUUUCGUCCUAGGCCCAAAGGAGUACAACGGCGCGCCGCCGCCGACGCAUAGGCGGGGGGUUGCCGUGGCCAAGACGUCGAACAGGUCGGGGGGACCGACGCCUUCUAAGCGGAAGAAGAUGCCGUCGGUCGACAUGGCUGGAAAGUCUCCGAAGAGGAGGAGGAGGGUAGGUCUUCAGCAGUAUGAUGCGGAGAUGGAGGAUGGUGAGGUUGAUGACGAACAGGGGAAGGAGGAGGAGGAGGAGGAGGAGGAGGAAGAGGAAGAGGAAGAGGAGGGACAGGACAGUCAGGGAUUAGAGGUGGGUGAUGUCGUGGCUGAGGAGAGCUUUGAUGAGCUAGACCCGGACGAUACGAGUAGUUCUGGGAGCGACGGCAACGAUGACGAGACUUGA